AUGACAGUCACAUCCGUUUCAGCUGAAUACUUCCCAAACGAACCAAAACAUCCCGUGGUUGCUUCCACGAGCAACCCCAAAUCCAAGGAGGCCAUCGAAUCAUUGGGGAAAAACUUUGACGCUCGUGGUGCCUACUUUGUUGCUGACUACUCCAAGUCCAACGGUAACUACAUUGCCGAUGUCGAUGGCAACUUGUACUUGGACGUUUACGCGCAAAUUGCCUCCAUCCCAUUGGGAUACAACAACCCUGCCUUGAUUGAGCUUGCCAAGUCCGAUAAGAUGAUCAGAGCUAUUGUCGAUAGACCAGCAUUGGGUAAUUUUCCAGGUUCCGACUUGGAAGAAAUCGUUGAAGAUGUGUUGAAGGUGGCACCCAAGGGCCAGGACAAGUUAUGGUCUGGGUUAUCCGGAGCUGAUGCUAACGAAUUGGCAUUCAAAGCUGUGUUUUUCUGGUACCAAGCACAAAAGAGAGGCUACAAGAGCAACUUUUCCCAAGAGGAAAUCGACUCUGUCAUGCAAAACCAAGCUCCCGGCUCGCCCGAGUUGGCAAUCUUGUCAUUUGAACGUGCGUUCCACGGAAGAUUAUUUGCCUCUGGUUCAGCCACAUGCUCCAAGCCAAUCCACAAAUUGGACUUGCCUGCUUUCAAAUGGCCAAAAGCCCAAUUUCCAGCAUACAAAUACCCAUUGGAAGACAAUGCCGAGGCCAACAAAAAGGAAGACGAGAGAUGCUUGCAAAUUGUCAGGGACUUGUUCAAGAGCUGGAGCGUUCCAAUUGCAGGUGUGUUGGUUGAGCCAAUCCAAUCCGAAGGUGGAGACAACCACGCCUCUGCCGAAUUCUUCCAAGGAUUGAGAGACAUCACCUUGCAAAACGGUGCUCUUUUGAUCAUGGACGAAGUCCAAACCGGUGUCGGUGCCACCGGUGUCAUGUGGGCCCACGAGAGAUUCAACUUGCAGCCACCUCCAGAUUUGGUUACCUUUUCCAAGAAAUUCCAAUCUGCAGGAUACUUUUUCCACGACCCUGAAGUCUUGCCAAACUUUGCCUACAGACAGUUCAACACCUGGUGCGGAGACCCAGCAAGAAUGACCUUGGCCGGUGGUAUCGGUAAGGAAAUCCUCAAGUACGACUUGGCCACCAGAGCAGGACAAGUGGGCGACUACUUGUACAAGAAAUUGCACGCUUUGCUGGAAAAGUACCCUAAAUACAUGCAAAACUUGAGAGGUAAAGACAGAGCCACUUUUAUCGCUUGGUCGUUGGAGAGCGGUGAAGCCAGAAACAAGUUCUUGAGUGACAUGAAGAAUGUUGGUGUCAAUAUCGGUGGAUGUGCCGAGGACUCGGUUAGAUUGAGACCAACUUUGGUGUUUGAGGAAAAACACGCAGAUAUCUUGGUUGAAGCUAUGGAGAAAGUCUUGUCUAGCUACUGA